AAUGUUUUAUUAAAUUUAAUUAUUAAAAUCUAACAAUUAUCACUUUUGUUGCGAUGUGAAAGUAUGGAUAAGAAAUCUGAACAAAAUAUACAUCGAGAAUUAGAUAUUAAAUUAUGUCAAUUAACUAUUAGAAAACUGCUUACGAAGAAUACAUAUAAUAUAAAGGCUGUUUCAUCGAAUAAAAAAUAUACUGGACGUAAGAGAAUUGAAAAAAACAAAAUAAUAAAUGGAAUAAAUAAAGAAAAAACCAACAAUAUUUUUCAGAAAUGUAGAAAAUUAGAUAUUUCAUCUCUAUUAAGUAAUAAUAAAAAGCUUCAUUUUUCAUUAAAAAGAAUACCAGCAGAAAUUGAACUUACAAUUAAAAGUAAAUUCGAUGUGAAUUCUACAAAUGGUUCACAUCUAUGGAGCGAUGUCUGCGAUUAUUUAAAAAAACAUUCAACUAUAGUUUUAAAUGAAAAGUAUAUGAAAAGAAGAAUCCAGGCCUUCUUAAUAAACCGAUUUCCUGGUAUAACCAUUCUUUUAUAUAUGAAAAACGAUCCAUUAUUUUCAAACAUUAUCUCGAUUCCAAUUACAAUUCUACCGAAACCAUUUUCUUCGACAGAAAUUGAAGAUAUGUUAUCACUUUUCGGAUCAAAACAAUUGAAUGAAAUAUAUGUUUUUUGUGGUUUAUGUAAUCAAAACUUUUGCAAUGCUAAAACUCAUCUGAAAGAACUUUUAAUAAUUGAAUGUUCAGAAGACCCAUUUGGUUCAAUGAUAUUUAAAAAUACUUUUAGAUGCUUAAUAUGCGAUUGUAGCAGCAAAUGUGACAUGUCCAUUUAUGAACAUAUUUUUCUUCAACAUAUUAUCUUUAAGGAAACGUAUUGUUCUAAAUGUAAUCUGUUUACAUCGUUGUAUCAAAAAAUAAUGGAUGAGAGAAAAGACGCGUACAAUGUAAAAAGAAGAGAGAAAGAAACAAAUGAAAGUUCAAAAAUAAUUUGUGAAUAUUGUAAAAUAUUUUUACUUACAGAAAAGGAAUUAUUAGAAAAACUUGUGCGUUAUACAAAUGAUUGUAAUGUUUAUAAAUGUGGUAUUUGUAACAGAAUUAGAAAAGAAAAAUCGAUUAUUGAAAAUCACGUAUUGCAACACUUAAAAUCUGAUUAUAUCUUCUGUUCUGAAUGUCAUUACGCAAGAUAUGAUUAUUCGCUCGUAAAAUCGAUUAUUUUAGACAAACGUGACAACAAUUUCGAGAUGAAAUCCGAUGUAUCUUGUUUAAAAGAAAGUACAACAAUGGCAGAAAGUGAUGAUGAUUUAAAUCAAUCUAAACAAGUUCAUGAGGUUCUACAAAAUGUCAUCCAUUCUACUUCGGUUCAUCAAAUAGAAACUGAUGAAGAAGAUAAUAUCGAAGAGGCAACUGAUCAAGAUGAAGAAUGAAAUAUACAAUCCAAUUCAUUUAGAAGUAAUAAAUUCGUUACAAAAAACAAGCGAUAUAUUAAAUCAAAGAGAGAAAGAAAUAUUUUAAAUUCAUUUAAGCUAGAAAUUUAUCUAAAUUUUUAUAAUUGUUUUUCAUCAAUUUAAUUGAGUUUUUCGUGGGAUUCUAUUUGUAAUUAACGUUAAUAAUAAAUUUUAAAGUAA